AUGGCACCAAAUUCAGUUACAAUUUCAACUGACAAAGCCAAUGAAUUUUAUGAUUCUUCUCAGAUUAGUAGUACAAGGAAUCCUUUUGCAACAGUUUCCGGUAAAGAUGGUGAUAUACAACAAUCUAAUCCAUUAAUUGUUGACUUUGCUUCUCUUAAUACAUGUAACACGUGUAAAGAAAAGCACAAUGGUGUCGAAUGUUUUUGUGAUAAUGAUGAAAGUGGUCCUAGAAAUGAGGUUGGAGCUUCUUUGAAUAACAUUGAACUUGGGACUGAUUCAGUCAUUCAAAUAAACGAGACAGUUGAUGGAGAUUACAGUGUGAUGUCUGUCUGUUUAACAAAAACUGAAAUUAUUAGAGGAAGUGUUGAUGGAACUGUUCGGAUAUUUGGCAUUCGUAUUGGCAGAGAAAUAUCUGUUAGCUUUGGGCAAUCUGUCAACUGUAUAUCAUUGUCAAAUGAUGGCAACUGCAUCCUAGCCGGUUGCCUAGACUCUACUGUGCGUCUUUUGGACAGAACCACAGGUGAACUGUUACAAGAAUAUAAGGGCCACACUAAUAAGUCAUACAAAUUGGAUUGCUGCCUUACCAAUACGGAUGCUCAUGUAACUGGUGGCUCUGAGGAUGGCUUCGUCUAUUGCCGGGAUCUUGUAGAUGCAUCUGUUGUAUCAAAAUUCAGGGCUCAUGCCUCAGUGGUAACAAGUGCACAGACCAGUCUCAGCAAGAAGGUUAAACAACAUGGAAGGGUCAAUUUCAGGCAGAAACCUAACCGUUUUGUGGUUAAAGCCGCCGCUAAAGAUAUCGCCUUUGACCAACAUUCACGCUCCGCUAUGCAAGCCGGAAUUGAUAAACUUGCCGAUGCUGUUGGCCUCACUCUUGGACCCAGAGGGAGGAAUGUUGUGUUGGAUGAGUUUGGAAGUCCUAAGGUAGUUAAUGAUGGUGUGGCAAUUGCAAGAGCUAUUGAGCUUCCUGAUCCCAUGGAAAAUGCUGGUGCAGCUCUUAUAAGGGAGGUUGCAAGUAAAACUAAUGACUCUGCUGGUGAUGGGACUACAACGGCUUCGAUUCUGGCUAGGGAAAUUAUUAAGCUUGGACUUCUCAAUGUAACAUCGGGUGCUAAUCCUGUGUCGAUCAAGAAAGGAAUUGAUAAAACUGUGGCGGCUUUGGUGGAAGAGCUUGAGAAGUUGGCUAGGCCUGUUAAAGGUGGAGAUGAUAUAAAAGCUGUUGCUACUAUUUCUGCUGGAAAUGAUGAGUUGAUUGGAAAAAUGAUUGCUGAAGCGAUUGACAAGGUUGGACCCGAUGGUCUUUUAUCCAUUGAGUCUUCUUCCUCGUUUGACACGACAGUUGAAGUUGAAGAAGGAAUGGAGAUUGAUAGAGGAUAUAUCUCCCCUCAGUUUGUAACAAAUCCAGAGAAAUCAAUUGUUGAAUUUGAGAACGCUAGAGUCUUGAUUACCGACCAGAAGAUUUCAGCAAUCAAAGAUAUCAUUCCUCUGCUGGAGAAAACCACUCAAUUGAGAGCCCCCUUGCUUAUCAUUUCUGAAGAUAUCACUGGUGGGGCUUUGGCGACCCUUGUUGUCAAUAAGCUGCGUGGUAUCCUUAAUGUCGCUGCCAUCAAAGCUCCAGGAUUUGGUGAAAGAAGAAAGGCCCUUCUUCAAGACAUUGCUAUAUUGACAGGUGCUGAGUUCCAAGCCAGUGAUCUGGGCCUUCUCGUUGAAAACACCACAAUUGAACAACUUGGUUUGGCCCGGAAGGUGACCAUCUCCAAGGAUUCUACCACUAUUAUUGCCGAUGCUGCAUCAAAGGAUGAGUUGCAAGCCAGGGUUGCACAACUAAAGAAAGAGUUGUCUGAGACAGACUCAAUUUAUGAUUCUGAGAAACUCGCCGAGAGAAUUGCUAAGUUGUCUGGUGGAGUUGCUGUCAUCAAGGUCGGUGCUGCCACAGAGACCGAACUGGAGGAUCCAUCUCCAGAGUUUCCUUCAGUGGAUGAUCAACAAAAAGGUGGUAAGCAAGAAGUUCCAGGAAUGAAAACAGUACAGACAGUUUUGGAGCGAACUGCAACACCUGUGGUCUAUAAUGAUAUGCCUGAUGCCCUCUGUCUUAAGGAUUCUCUAACCGCUGUCCGCAAUGCUACACAAGCUGCCGAUCGCAUACAUCGAGUAUUCAGAAUGCAGUCCUUUCAGAGGAAGCAGUUAACUCAGUAUGAGGAUGAUGAGUUUGGUUUGUUAGAUCAGAGGGUUCUUUCCCUACUAACUUCUAAGUCGUGCAAAUCAGGACAAGGAGAUGGUUUAUUCAAUACUGCUGCAACAACAACACACAAAAAUCAGUCCAAUUCCAAAAAAAAGGGAAAACAUAUAUUCAAGUGA